AUGGAAGGGAUGGCCGCACAGCGAGAACACCUGGGAACCAUCACGUCACCUUACCCACGCGAAGGACGUCCUGAGAGACUGGCAGAGGAAACAAUCAAAUCCAGACACACGCAUUCGCCUCCUGCCAACGCUCGAAGCUGGACACUGGGACUAUCUCAUUCAUCGCUACAAGCCCAGGGACGAGCGCCUUCCAUAUCCCCAACGACAGCUCUUCGACCCUUACGAGAACGUCUUCUUACCCAUUGGCCUAGUCGAUGA